AUUGGAUUCUGGGAAUCGUAGUCCUUUAAUCAGUUUCCUUAUUCAGCCUACGUUAGGUGGUGGAAUCUGUUCUUCAAAGAAAAGCACACGUGAAAAUAUUGACCAGGGUUGUGUGACUUUAUGGAAACAUGUCAAAGAAGCGGGGCAGGAAGCGUAGCAACGAAGAGUUGAGCGAGAGCUCGGCAUCCACCAUGAGCCCCGACCCGGACAACCUGCUGGGUCACAGAAUCCAACACAACUGGCGGGAGAAGGGCAACGUGACCAAGUGGAAGGGCACGGUUCUGGAGCGGCUGACCGUCAACAGCUCCCUUUACAUGGUCAAAUACGACGGCUUUGACUGCAUCUACGGCAUUGAGCUCUUCAAAGACGGUCGAGUGUCAAAUCUCCAGGUGUUGGCCGAGAAAGUUGUGAAUAAUAAGAUCAAGGUGCCUCCCGGGGCAGAGGAGCUGGUCGGCCGGGCGGUGGAACAUCUGUUUGAGAAGGAGGACGGCGAGAAAAAUGAAUGGAGAGGCAUGGUGCUUUCUCGGGCCCCUAUCAUGACCCACUGGUAUUACAUCACCUACGAGAAGGACCCUGUGCUCUACAUGUACCAGCUGUGGGAUGACUACAAGGACGGCGAUCUGCGUGUUCUUCCCGAAUCAGAGAACAAACACCUGCUCCCAGCAGACAGGAAGCCUGGGGAGGAGCCAGAGAGCCUCGUGGGUAAGCAGGUGGAGUACGUCACAGAUAACGGGCUCAAGAGGACCGGCCUGGUCAUCUACCAGGUCCCCGCCAAGCCCACGGUGUAUUAUAUCAAAUACGACGACGACGUACACAUCCACGUCUACGACUUGGUUAAAACCACCUAGUCCUCGUACGGACAGUCCCAGCCGUUUUGACUCAGCCAGUCGUUGUUACCAGUCGAAGUGUUAGCGACUCCUCCUACCCACCCCAAGCUGGAAGGAAAUGCUGCCGAAGAUGACAACUAUUCAUUUCAUGGUCUUGCAAUAUCAAAUUGAGGAUGUCUAAUAACAACAAAGGCAUCUUUAGUGUAAAUAAAAUUUGUACAGCCCGGCAGGUGACGACAGCUGUUAAAUUCUACUUAAAGAGGGCCAAAUUCAACUCUAAAUCCCCCCCCCUCUUCUUAUUUUUUACAUAGUCACACAUUGUUAUUAUACUUCAUACAGAAUAUCUGGCUGUCCUGUCGUGCUUUACGUGUCUUACUUGGUAAGUUGAAUAUCAAAGUUCUAUUCAUUUGAGUGAUGUGCCGAUUUGACCAUCGCAGUGAACUCAAGAUUUCAGUUGAAUUGUUCAGACGUUGAUUGUGUCACAGAUUAUUCAGGAUAAAAAACGAAAAAAUGUUUAUAAUAUCUCAGUUCUAUUGUGUAAACUGCAAGUUUUCUACUCUAAUGUUGAUGUUUGCUUCAACAGUGUUUGUGCUCCAUGCUAUUUAUAUUAAAUUGUUUUCAUUUUGAAGCCAAUCAACAUUUACUGAAACUAAAUUGUGCGAUAUGGCCUCAACAUAUAUUGUAAUUGUAACCCUGAAUUAUUGUUCUGUAAAUAGUUGAAUCAUUUUUAUGAUGCUAAUCAAAGAUGUUUGAAAAUCAUUUUCUUUCCUUGUGAUUCUUUCACACAUUUUAUUAUGGGGAGAUACUAUCCAAGAUUCAAACCCAAACUAUCUGAUUGCGUAGCAUAUGUCCUAUCCAUGUGCGCCAUCAUGAUGCCGGAAUGCAAUCUCCAUUGUGGGAUCAAUUUUGUUAUUACUAUUAAGUCUAUGUAAUAUGUGUGCGGGCAUCCAUCUCGAACCACAAAUGUCAGUCUCGGUGUGAAGCAGGAGGAAAAAGCUUUCAAAGAUCAACAACGGAAUCCGGUUUCAUCCUCUCUAGAUGGUGAUUGUCUGCACUAAAUGUCAAUCCAAUCCAUUUAGUAUCAAAGUAAGAUUGCAAUUCUCAGAGGAAAGAACACAAGACAGGAAUACUGAAAACGAGUUUGCCUUAUUCAUUUAUGGCUUCAUGUUGAUAACAAGACAAGAUAAACUGUAAAUGUAGUUUUCGGGUGACUUUUGCUACAAUUGAACACCCCAGCUGUUGUAUAAACAAGAGUGAUUAAAUAGUGUAUGCUAGUGGUUAUAAAACUUGCAUUUCAAAAAAUUGUUAACUUAAUACUACUUGAUGUUAAAAUUAACUUUGGUAUUUUACUACUUGCUAUGCCCUCGUUGAUUACCUGGGGGCAGUAAAUGACAGACGGAUGUAUUGUUCAUUGAGACGUCUCAGCUCAUCAGUACGGCACUAAUAUUAAUCGUUCAUUGCAGAUGAUACUAAAACAUAUGUGACUGUGAGAACAACGUUUGUCCAUAUGUUGCUGUUUGUGUUCAGUUUGUUGCUUACCGCAACAAAUACUAGUUAAGAUAGCAGACUAAAAAUCUGCGUUUUUUUUUUUAUUAAAAUACACAAGGUAUGUUUAGUUUGACAGUGUACUUCAACUGAGAGUGGUUAUAAAAUAGCUUGAAGCCUCUCUUUCAAUAAUUGGUCACUAUUUGUGAAAGGCAGCAUGAUUCGCAACACAAAAAGAUUGAUGGAUGGCUGGGAUCUUGUGUAGUAUUGUUUGUCCCUUUGUUGUCGAAAUAAGAACAGUUCUAAAUGGCUUAAUCAUAGCAAAGUAUUGACACAGUCAUGUGGCUUCUUGUGUGGAGAGAAAGAAGCCCUUUCACUCCGUUAAUGAACAAGCUAAACGUGUUCUUUUUUUUUUGUAAGACAUUCAGAGCUGAACUAAAAAAAAAAAGUCAUCUUUUGCUCUCACUCCCUGCCUGGCUUUCUGUGCGUGUUCAUUUUUUUAAAAUUUUUGUUAGUAGGCGACCUCCCUAAAAAAAAAAAAAAAAAACUUGAAACUUACCAGUCAUUUUUAUUAGCCAAUGAACCAAUGUCCUUGACUCUAUUGUGUUGCUUAGCAACAUAAGCCAGUCAGUGGUUUUAGGUAUUUUUAAAAAAAUAAAUAAAAAACAGUAUGCCCUCACUCUGUAGACUCACCUGGUGCAGUUGGAAUAAAACAAGCCUUGAUGUAUUUUCAAUUAAAAGCAUGAAGCAUUUUUUUUCUUGAGAAAACAUCAGUGGCCAUUUUUAUGGAGGCCACUUGAGAAGGUUACGAAUAUAAUCAAUGGACAAAUCGCAAUCGUCUGUUUAAAAUCAUGUGAAGAUGUAACACGUCACUAAUGAAGCGAGCGUGACUUUUCUGUUCCAGCAGCUUGUUUGCCAAGCGGGG